CUCCACUUCACCACUUCACUACUUCACUCACAAAUCUUUCAUUAGUAGUUUAUGAUCACAGUCACAAUGUCCAAACCUUUUCUAUCUUUGUUUUCAUUUUCCUUGCUACUCUUUGCAAGCGCAUGUUUUGCAACUCGCUCUGAGUUUGACAGGCUCAACCAAUGCCAGCUAGAUAGUAUCAAUGCAUUGGAACCAGACCACCGUGUUGAGUCCGAAGCUGGUCUCACUGAGACAUGGAAUCCAAAUCACCCUGAGCUAAGAUGUGCCGGUGUGACUCUUAUCAGACGCACCAUCGACCCUAAUGGACUCCACUUGCCGUCCUUCUCACCCUCUCCACAGAUGAUUUUCAUCAUCCAAGGAAAGGGUGUUAUUGGACUUACAAUUCCUGGUUGUCCCGAGACUUAUGAAGAACCACGUUCAUCACAAACUAGACAAGAAUCUAGACAGCAACAACGAGACAGUCACCAGAAGAUUCGCCGAUUCAGAAAAGGUGACAUCAUUGCCAUUCCAUCAGGAAUUCCUUAUUGGACAUAUAACCAUGGCGAUGAACCUCUUGUUGCCGUUAGUCUUCUCGACACUUCCAACAUUGCAAACCAGCUCGAUUCAACCCCCAGAGUAUUUUACCUCGGUGGGAACCCAGAGGUAGAGUUCCCUGAAUCACAGGAAGAACAACAAGAGAGACAACAACAAAGACCCGGUUUACCAGUUGGACGUAGGGCUGGAAAACACCAACAAGAAGAAAAUGAAGGUAACAGCGUGCUGAGUGGCUUCAGCUCCGAGUUUUUAGCACAAACAUUCAACACCGAGGAGGAUACAGCUAAGAGACUUCGAUCUCCAAGAGACAAAAGGAGUCAAAUUGUGAGAGUUGAGGGAGGUCUCCGCAUUAUUAACCCUGAGGGGCAGGAAGAAGAUGAAGAAAGAGAACAAAGUCAUUCUCACAGAGAGGAGGAAGAAGAAUAUGAAUCCCCUAGUCGAGAAGAAGAACAAGAAUCAAGACGACACAAACAUAGUAAAGAAGAAGGGGAGGAAGAAGAUGAAUCCCGCAGUCAUGAGAGUCGUAGAUGGUGGAGAAAAGAGAGUAAAGAAGAGAAACACGGAUCACAUGAACAAAGAGAAGAUGAACAAGAAGAGGAGAAGGAGGAGAUACGAAGAAGUGAGGGUGGAAAGAAUGGUUUGGAAGAAACUAUCUGUAGUGUCAAAAUUCGCGAGAACAUUGCUCACCCUGCCCGUGCUGACCUCUAUAACCCACGUGCCGGCCGUAUCAGCACUGCGAACAGUUUGACCCUUCCAAUCCUCCGCAAUUUACGCCUCAGUGCUGAAUAUGUCCGUCUUUACAGGAAUGGUAUAUAUGCUCCACACUGGAACAUAAACGCGAACAGUCUGCUAUACGUGAUAAGGGGAGAAGGAAGAGUUAGGAUUGUGAACUCCCAAGGAAACGCGGUGUUCGACAACAAGGUGAGAAAGGGACAGUUGGUAGUGGUACCACAAAACUUUGUGGUGGCGGAACAAGCUGGGGAGGAUGAAGGACUUGAGUAUGUUGUGUUCAAGACAAAUGACAGAGCUGCUGUUAACCACGUUCAACAGGUGUUUAGGGCCACUCCUGCAGAGGUUCUUGCAAAUGCUUUUGGUCUUCGUCAACGCCAAGUCACCGAGUUAAAGCUCAGUGGAAACCGUAGCCCUCUGGUUCACCCUCAGUCGGAAUCUCAAUCUCAUUAAGAUGAUGCUAUGCAUAAUGCAAUGCAAAAAUGAGAGGGUCGCCAUGUCUUUAAUAAUAAU